GACGACGAUGCGCUUGCUGCAACAGCAGAAGAGCUUCUCGAGAAGGUGAAGCAUAAUCAAUCGGAAAAAUUCAAGAACAGCCAGUUCUUAGGUCUCAUGCGGAAGCUGAGAGAUCGUGAAGUGCGAGUGGAAGGCGACAAGAUGGUCGAGACUGUUAGUCCUACCCAUUCUCCUCAGCCUCCAAGCACGCCGCAUUCCCAUCACAGCGACCACGCCCUGACUUGCAAAGUCCCCGCGUGUGGCCUUGCUGAUCACGAGUUCGAUCAUUGGGAAUCAGGAUACACGUGAUAAUGCCCAGGCAAAUGUGCACUGCUAACGUUCACCACCACAAACCCUUCGGAGCGUGUCCAUCAUGGCAAGCCUCAGCCGACGCCUGUGCCACUUGACACGAGACCGCCGGACUACGGCAUUCCGCAUACUGAGCAGGAUCAUGAUAUGGGCAGGAUCGACCCUCGCGAUGGGCAGGAAGUCGUUGAUCUCUUGAAUGAAGGAGGCCCAAUCACAGAUGAUAUUGACGCCGAAUUCCUCAUGACCAGCCCAUUCUAUCAGCCAUGAGAGGAGCCAGUAUUCCUGACUGCAUCUGCAGACACGUCUCAACAACGCUACAAGCCUUGGCCAAAUGCAUAUGUGCACAGCACGGCCGCGGGCUGUUUCUUCAAGCAUGACUUGAAGGUGAUGACUUGAAGAAUGUGCCAGCGGCAUGUGAAACGAUGGAUACGACUUGAUCUGGUCAAGCAUUUGAAAAGCGCAGCAUGGAGUAGUGGCAUUUGCAUGGAGGGAUGGUAGCAUUUCAAAUUUCCAUUUCGGAGGAAACCCCAAAAUUGUACUUACAGCAACGUCGAACAACUGGGCACAAGGUUGAUUAUGCCAUAGGAGGAGGAGAGGCUGUAGAUACUGAAAUUCCUGAUGAAAUCAUGAAGAAAAUGUUCGAAUCGGGG